AUGCCGCUCCCAUCCCUAUCGACCCUCGGCAUCCUCGCCGUCAUCCUUCCGCUCCUAUACAUCUACACAGCAUCAGUAUCGCAGACACGCCUACCAAUGCUACGCGGCAAGCGUAUCUGCCUGCUGAUCGCCCACCCGGACGACGAAGCCAUGUUCUUCGCGCCUACCGUUCUAGCCCUCACCCGCCCCGAACACGGCAACCACCUUAAGAUCCUAUGCCUAAGCUCCGGAAACGCCGACGGCCUCGGCGAGACACGCAAGAAGGAGCUCGUCAAGAGCGGCAUGUUAUUAGGUCUAGCCCGCGAGGAUGAUGUCCUAGUCUACGAUAGCCCUGACUUCCCGGACUCCAUGACCACAACCUGGGAAUCCUCCAAAAUCUCCGCCCUCCUAAGCAGCGCCUUCGCGCCCCGCCUAGCCACACAAAAGUCCUCCUCCGAGAACCUAACCGCUCCAAACGCCACCAUCGACGCGAUCAUAACCUUCGACUCCAGCGGCGUAUCCUCGCACCCAAAUCACAUAUCCCUAUACCACGGCGCGUGUGCCUUCGUCUCCUCGCUAACCCGGGGCAAGCCCGGCUGGGCAUCUCCCGUAGACUUAUACACGUUGACCAGCGUGAGCUUCCUACGCAAGUAUACCGGGUUCCUAGAUAUUUUCGCGACUGUCAUGUCGCUUGCGCUUGCCGGGCCUGGCGGUGUUAAUAAGAAGAGCGAUAAGGGAAACCCGGGUGCUCUAGUUAGCGUGAGCGCGCUGGCCGGUGGUCGGGAGAGCUACGGGACGGCGCGCCGGGCUAUGACGGAGGCGCAUAAGAGCCAGAUGGUCUGGUUCCGGUGGGGUUGGAUCGCGCUGAGCCGGUACAUGUACAUAAAUGACCUGAGGUUAGAGAAGGUUAAAUCGUAA